CAUUUCGACGGGAUGAGGUUCGACCCGCCGUGGUGGUUCUUCUUCUUCGUCGCGCAGCUUAUGGAGCAGAACAGCAUCAGAAUCAUCUGCUGGUGGAAGAGGAGGGAGGGAGGACGGGGAGAAUUACAAUUGUUUUUUUUAAAAGAACUGGAAGAUAA